AUGUUUCAUCAUUCACGUAAAAACAAUAGAGCUUCAAGACAAUCCAUGUUAGACAAGUUAACCAAGCGUUAUACAUCAUUGAGAAAAUCUGCUGCUAAACCUGCUAUUAGUGCUGAAUUGGGCAAUGAUCAAGAUUCCAGCGAACACUUGUUACUUGUACUUUCUGAAUACGACGAACAGUUGUACAAAAUCUGGAAAGCACACGAAGUAAACUGGAAACCAUUUCAGAACCUAUAA